AUGCUGGUCAUUUCGUUUUUCCUCAGCUUGUUAUUGACCCACGCUGCUCCCGUCAGGCACAGAGAGAAUGCCAGCGUCUCAAGAGCUGUCACCACACCGUCCAGCACCUCCUUAGACAUACCACCCGCCUCUCGCAAGCGUCACUUUCCCAUUCUCGAGGCCCUGUACCAGACUUUUGAUGCGUAUGACUCUACGCUUGACUCGACACUCUACGCAUCUCAUUUUGACCCUCUCAAGGAUGGUAGUGGCUGGCCCUACGCAUCAGGAUCAGGUCCAUUGAUGUAUGUCGAGCGAGUCUCCAAGCGGAACAUUCAGAAGAGAGGCAGGGAUCUGGUUAUUCAGGAUCAUGCUAUUCAGGGUCUGCAGUAUGCGGGAGCGAUGGAAAUGUCAGAUGAGGAUGAUCAGCCUGUUUGGGUGUAG